AUGAAAAAUAAAAGACGAGAUAGAGACUUUUAUUAUCAUCCACGGUACAAAACAACCACUGAAGAUCACGGGAAUUCUCAUAGUGUCAGAACUGGUCAAAAUAUCCCUGUUGCUUCGACAGAACCACACAGCAAUCAUAAAUAUAGAAUCGAUUCGUUACAUCCACAGCAUUCCCAACAAAAAUCUCUUGUUAGUGAAACCAAAAACACUCGCUACACUCAGGGUUGUAAAAAUACCAGUAAUCUAGUAUCUGGUGGUUUCACUCAUGUGUCAGAUUUAAAUUCCAGUUCCAUUGAUGGUAAUACGAAACCGGUCGUUAGUACGUCACUACAUUUCAGCGACUCCAGAUCCGUCAGUACCAAUAGACAGUUUGCUUCAAAACCACGUCAAGAAUCUUUUACCACGAGUCCCAAUAUACACAAUUCACGUGUGCUAACGAGUACCUCUGUAGAUUUGACACCAGAAAAUUCUACAGAAAAACAUGGUGGACUUAUUCUUCUUCCGAAAGAUGUGGACAUAUUCCAACAAAGUACUCAAAACUCAAAGAGCUUCCGACGUGAGGCAGUUCGAUCUGAUUCAACCAAACCAGUCGUUGUUGUCCGUCCAAGCUUCUCCAAUCCAUACAAUCAUUCCAGAACUACUAGCACUAGAUUAGAUUCACAUGGAGUUGACGAGUCAAAAUGUAUCAGUCAAUGUAAACAGAAAUCAGACAAUGAUAUGAGUCCACGCUGUUUUGUCAGUGACGCUUCUAACGAAUCGCCCACCACUGUUUUACCUGUUCCAUGGACAGACGCUGCAAAAGCUGCUUUCUAUCAGUUUUUCAAAACUCAAACCAAAUUUGGUUCAUCUUCGUCUCUUCAAGCCGAAAGACCAUCCUCAACACAUCAUUUCGCUAAUCAACCGACUUGUUUAUCUCCAGGAUCAACAGUCAUCCAGCCUCCAAACGAAAUGAUUGCAUCAACUAUGCAACAAAUUGUUCAACUUGAUGCUACUCUAUCAGCUCUACUCAUUCCACCUGGUCUAUGUGCUCAAUCAAUGGUGUUGUUCGAACCAUUACAAUCGGAUCCUGAAUUAGGAAGAGAAUGGACGGAAUCAGAAGCAUUGUUUUUACGUUGGUGGGGUACAGUGAAGCGACUUCGUGAUAGUUUAUUUUUACUAUUUGAAAGUGUAAUAGUUGCAGAUUUGGACUUCUGCAAUACGGCACAUGUUGAACAAGGUAUGUGGAAGUCGGUAUUUUACACUGUCUUGGAAUCACUUCGUUCAUGGAUCGAAAAUCCACAAUCUACACAGUUAAUUCCUAAACUAGAGAAAAAUCCUGAGACUAUAAAACUUCUUCAAAGUCAAUUAAUUAACCUUAUUCAAAAAAUUUGCUUAUCUGAAGUGAUCGAUUCAGGAUCAAAUCAAUUAGCGUCUUUACUUGAACGUAUACAAAGCAUACAUCAUAUUCAACUUGGUCCAUUAUUAUCAGAUGGUAGACCACCUCCAGAAACAAAAUCAAGAACUCGACGAUUAGUCUAUUUAAGUGCUCAAAAAUUAAUGCUAUUCCUUGGCGAUUUAGCUCGUUAUAGAGAAACUUUAGUUGGUGAACGAAAUUUUGGUAAAGCACGAAAUUGGUAUCAAAAAGCUCAAUUAUUAGUGCCGAAAAAUGGUCGAUCAUAUAAUCAAUUAGCUGUUUUAGCUUUGUAUACUUCCAGGCAUUUGGAUGCAAUGUUCUACUAUAUGCGUACUCUUGCUGCAAGUAAUCCUUUUGCGACGGCAUCACAAAGUUUGGCGGCUUUAUUUAAUGAAAUACGACCACGUGCUCAAAACAUGAUUAUGCAGUUUCAGAAACCGAAAACUGAAUCAGUUCAGCCUCAUUGUUCUGGAUUUAGUUCACAUAAUCCACGAUUUCAACGUGCUGAAAUAUGGAUUCAUCCAAUUGAUGGUCAGACUACUGUUAUUCAAGGUGGACGGCGUUUGAUGCAUUCAAAUAUCAAACCAAUUGUUGAUGAAAGUAACAAUAUUCAAGGAAAAUCAAUGCAAAAAUUAAAUUCAUCAACUCCUGAACUUGAAGUUGACAAUGAAGAUGAAGAUGAUGAAGAGGCACAGGCAGAAGCUGAAGAAUAUGCUAAUAUUUCUUUGAUUGAACUAAGUAAACAAUUCGGUUUGGCAUUUAUUCAUGCUCAUGGAAAGUUAUAUACCAAAAUUGGUAUGGAAACAUUUCCAGAAGUGGCCUCAUUAACUCUUCAAGCUUUAUCUGGUCUGUUAGCACAAAAACCAUGUCCUUUAUCAACUGAACGUUUAUGUCAAUUAUUUGUUGUAAAUAUGUUCAAUGUGGAUCGUGCUGCAUCUAUGACAAAUCAAACAAAUACAAUGAAUAAUUCUAUAAAAAAUCGAAUAAAUGAAUCUAAAAUCAUUGUGAAUAAUGAUAAUAAAAUAUCUUUAAAUAUAGGCAUGGAUAAUUUUGUUCCAUCUUCACGUCUUACUGAAAUUGAAGCAUUACGUUCUGUUCAUCAUGAUCAUGCUGCACGUUUUGCAUUGGAUACAUUUAGUUUAGUAUGCAGAAGAGCAGCACAAUUACUUCAAGAGACUCCCCCUAUGGAUGCUAGUCCAGGUUGGUUAUCACCAGAUGCACGAAUUCUUCUUUCCGCAUUAUGCCUAUGGACUGAAUGGAUGAUUUUACAUCCUGAACAUUGGUUACCACCACCAAAUCAUCGUGAUCCUACACUUCGACCACAUUUAGACGAUUGGCUACUUGUUGCUAAAUUAUGCACUGAAGCAGCUAGUUGGCUUUCACGUUUAUCUGUUAGACCAAAAUAUGAAGAAAUUACACCAACAACAUCUCUCGUGCUUCGAUUAAAAGGUGAACUUAACUGUGAUGAAAAAUUGGAUGAUGAUUCAGAUAAAUCCUCUACUUUAUAUCAUAUCUUUGAAGAUGGUAACUUGUAUAAAGCUGCUUUUCUUUCUGAAGAAGUAUUUGUCGCAGGAUUCAAGCCUAUGCUUGAUUUAACGCCUAAAAUAUAUUAUUACACAGGUGAUUGGGACCCAGAAACUGUGGCAGAUUUUGUUCGAAUAGAGAAAUUGGUUUUAUUUGGUGAUUAUUUAUGUGGAAUUGAAACGCCUGUAUUGAGCUAUAAUAUUGACCAAGCGGUUUAUGAAUCGGUUAUACAACGUGAAUCUUCUGAACGUCUUCAAGAUAAACGUAUAGAUGUUAAGACAAAUAUUAUACAGAAUACUUCAGAUAUCAAAUUGGAAAAUGAGGAGAAACGUCAGUUGGAGUUAACGUCUGUAUUGAAUGAUAACAAAAAUCUUUCAUCAGAUGAUUGUACAAUAGAGUCUAAUUCUGUCCUAACGGAUAUCGCAGCUUUACAACGACAAAGAGCUUUCCUUCAAAAGCAACUAGAUGAAGAAGCCCGUCUAGAUGCAUGGCGUCGUAAUGCUAUUAGACAAGCAGCAUCUGGUGGACAGAGAGCUGUUGAGAUUGAAGUUAGACCAAUUUAUUUAUUACCGGAUACAAAUUGUUAUAUUGAUUGGUUAGAAGGUAUUGCUACAUUAGCUCAAAAAUCUUCAAAUUACACUGUACUAGUUCCUAUUGUCGUUGUCAAUGAAUUAGAUAGUUUAAGUCGUUUUGGCAGUAGUAGUUCCGGCGGCGGUGGAGUUGAUCGUCCAUAUGAAGCAGCUGUUGGCGGUGAAGUAACACGUGCUGGUUUGAUACAAGAACGUGCAAAACUUGCAAUCAAUUAUUUAGAAUAUCAAUUUGAUCAUCGAAACUCUCGUUUACGUGCAUUAACAGCACGUGGUAGUUUAAUGGAGACUAUUGCUUAUCGAAAUGAAAUUAAUGGUGGUCGAACACCUGGUCAAACAAAUGAUGAUGUAAUUCUAACAUGUUGUCAACAUUUUUGUAAAGAAAACUCAGAUCGUUUUCCAUUAAGAAAUCUUACUCAAGGCGUCGAUCAUUCUAUGCAGGGCGAUCAAAAUAAUCAACCAAUGCGACUUGUUCGUGAAGUAGUUCUUUUAACUUCCGAUCGUAAUUUACGUCUCAAAGCAUUGAAUGUUAAUAUUCCAGCAAGACCUUUAAGAACAUUUGUCAAUUGGUCUCGAUUACCUUUAGUAAAAAUAAAUUUAUCUAAUGAAACAUUAUCUGAUACUAUAAUAACUAUGAAUUCAACUGAUAAACAUAAAUUAUCAUCAAUAAAUCAUUCAACUAAACCACAACCACGUGGACAAUGGAAACAACCAUUAAAAUAUAAUUAA